AUGAAUAUAUGCCAUAGCUGUGAGUCUCAUUUGCAAGGGGGGCAUUUGCCAAUGUAUUCCUUGCAGAAUGAUCUUUAUCGAGGAGAACUUCCUGAGCGUUUUCGAGAUUUGACUUGGGUCGAGGACCCUAUCAAGGAGAUGGUGUGUGCCAUAUAUCGUUGUACUUGUCAUGUCACUAGACUUUUCCACAUGGGGAAAAAUGAUCAGCCUCGAGUAUUUCACAGUAAUACAUGCGCACAUGAUUUAAAUUUUGUCUCGACUGCUACAGUUUUGCCUCGAGUACCGGCAGAUGUAAAGGGAAUGCUCAGCAUCAUCUUUGUUGGACUGCGCCAGCCACUCAAAUCUCUGAAGACCUUGUAUCAUAUAAGGAAGGAUAAAGUGUGGGAUUUUCUUAUAUGCUUAGUGGCUAAUAACCCAUUAUAUUUGAAGAUCGAGCUGUCUCGUGCUCACCUGCUACUGUAUGAGAACGAUGAGAUACCUGGAAUGGAGGAU